AUGAUCGUUAUACCGGUAUUAGUCCAUGGUAAGAAAAUUAAUGCUAUAAUUGAUACUGCGUCGGAGGUUAAAUUGAUUUCCGACAAGGUUUAUCAAGGUUUACAAGACCCACCUGUAGUCAUCGAGGAAUUUACUUUGCGAGGUGCCGGUAAGGAGAUGGAGAUGAAGGGAUGCUUGUUGGACUUAGCCCGGUUAGAGCUUGAUGGCCUUAGCUUCCAAGAAAUGUAUGUUGCACCGAUUGAGGGCGAUAUGCUGAUUGGGUUGGACUUGAUGGCCAAGCAUAAGGCUUCGGUGGAUAUGAAAGAGAAUACUUUCCAUAUUCAGGACAGAACAGUGCCCUUCAAUACGAAACUGGAGGCCUCCGUUGACGCUGUCUCGGCUAUCAGGAUCAGAAUAGCUCGUCGGGUCACCGUGCCAGCGAGAUCUGUUCUUCGUUUACAGUGUGUCGCCGAGCAACCCCUUGAGGAGAAAAGCUACUCCAUACAGCCAGAGAUUAAGGCAGUGCUUGCGUGCCGUGUAUGCUUCGACGGUAACCAAGGUCCAACGAUGUCAUUUAUCAACCCGUCCGACAAAAAGGUUACCCUGUUCAGAAAUCAGCGGGUUGGUGUCGCAUAUGAAGUAGAUGAGAUUGUUCCCGAGGGGUCACCGGAAAUGGGUACCACAUUCCGUAUCCAUCAACUCUCUACAUCAGAAGCCACGGAAGUUCCAGGACAUUUACAGGACUUGUAUCGUCGGUCCUGUACAGAGCUUGAUGAGAAGCAACACGCAGAGUUAAAACAGCUCGAAUUUGAUAUCGGGAAUUUUCGAGUCAUAGAGCACGCCAUUGACACAGGCGAUGCUCGCCCAAUUAAACAGCAUUUCCGCAGAACGCCAAGCUGUUUUGUUGCGGAGGAGGAGAAGCACUUGGAGAAAAUGCUCAGAGCUGAUGUCAUUAAACCCUCAAUGUCGGAGUGGGCGUCAUCUCCAGUGUUGGUACGAAAACGUGACGGGAGUGUGAGAUGGUGCAUUGACUACAGGGCUCUCAACAAUGUUACCAAGAAGGAUGUAUUUCCUUUGCCGUUAGUGGAAGAAUGUAUUGACACUCUGUCGAGGGAACAUGUGGUUUUCAAAACUGGACGCCACAUGGGGCUACUGGCAGAUUAA